AUGCUCAUCCCUCCAGCUGCCACGGCGGAGUCGACAGAAGCUCGCCCGACACCUUACAGUUCUUAUCGCGGUCUGUUUGGUGAUUCAGAUGCGGCAAGAGACCAUCGCCACAUGAGCACUCGUUUUGGCCGCCAGCCUUAUAUUUUCCCCGAGGACGAUCCUACCAUCGGGGAAGUGGAGCGCGAUCGCAACAUGCACGUUGGGCGCAUCUACGAUGCCAUGGUCUGCGGAGAUCGGGCCCAAGAUAACCCUGGCUCAAUCGCCAUGAAGCGCUGGGUCAACGGUGCUCACUACAAGUCCGACCUCGUAGAAGCUUUUGCUCACAAAGUCUUCGACUGCCUGCUCGUGCAGGUCCAGGAAGGCUUCCGCGGCUGGCAUCACAACGACUACGUCGACGACGACCGCAAAGGCGAGAAAGAAGACCGCGAAGCUGACUGUGCGAACCGCUUGGAGAACAUCAUCGAUGCGCUCGAGCGGGAAAAGACUGUCUGCGAAGACGUCGUCACUUCCGCCAGUCAGAUCCGCAUGUUCGUGAAUGCUCCGAUCGCGUACGCACAGCGCAAGUUCCAGAACCGCCAGGGCAACAGCAAAAGAGGUCGA